GCACCACUCACCAUCCUAUAUACUCCAGCAGGAAGCCGCUCAUCCACCACACGCAGUUCAGUGUCAUCAUCAUACAACCAUCUCGAAUCAUCAGGAACUAUCGCUGGAAUACAGAUCUUCAAUUGAACCGAGUCACUGAGGCGUUUAUAUAGGCGGUGAGAAGAAGUUGUGCCAUCAGUUGUAGAGUUGUGUGAGAGAGUAUAGUAUCCCACAUCACUGCGUCAUCAACAAAGACAUCUUGUACCAGUGUAAGACCACCAAUCAGUCAUCAUGUCAGAUGAAAGAAGCUUUAGUAUCAAGGUUUACCUGGAUUUAGGUGGGGAUCGACAGGAGGUACGAAGAUUUGGUGUUCCUGAAGCCUUGGCCACAAACUUUGGCUGUUUGAGAGAUAAAGUGUCUUCAGUGUUCUGCUUAGGAAACAAGGACCUCACCAUCUCAUGGACAGAUGCUGACGGAGACAUGAUUGCAAUCUCAUCAGAUGAUGAACUAAUGGAAGCUCUUGCUGACAGUCUGAGCAGGCAGAACCUCCAGCUGCUGCGCCUGAAUGUGAGUGUGGGCAACAGGCCAAAUCACAGCUCCAACGCCAACUCCCCCCCUGGUAAUCAGCAGGGAGCUGUUCAUGAAGGUGUUACCUGUGAUGGUUGUGAAGGUCCUAUCUGUGGAUUCCGCUACCACUGUGUCAGCUGUGAUGAUUUUGAUCUCUGUGGGGCUUGUGAAGUCAAGGGCCUUCACCCCGAGCACAAGAUGCUGCGCAUGCCUAAACCACACGUGAAGGGAAGUCCUUGGUUCACCUGGAAGGAAAGUGAAGAUGCACCUGGUCAGUUCUCAUCACAGUUCAAGAUGCAUGGUGGUGGCCCAGGGUGUGGCACCUACAGUUCCAGCUCCACUUCUGGUUUUACUGGUGGUGUGGGAGGCUGGGGUGGUCAUGGUGGCCGCUUUGGCAACAGGAGAGGAUGUGGAGGCCGGGGACGCCAGGGAGGAUGGGGAACCUGGUGGGGUAAGAACUGGGGAGGAAGAAAUGGAGGAGUAUGUGAACAGAGUCAGUUCAUGAGUUCUGCCUCGGGACAAAAGCGGCAGCAAGCUUCAGGACAGCAGCAGCAUGCUUCAGGACAGCAGCAGCAAGCUUCAGGACAGCAGCAGCAAGCUUCAGGACAGCAGCAGCAAGCUUCAGGACAGCAGCAAGCUUCAGGACAGCAGCAGCAACACCAACAGCAACAUCAACAGCAACAUCAACAGCAACACCAAAAGCAACAUCAACAACACCAACAGCAACACCAACAAGGAUGUAGAAGUAACAAUAGGAGAGAUGAGUUCCCCUGGACAUCCUGCCCUUUCCUGAAUGAAGAUGGUAUACCCAUUCCCCAACAAGCAGCAGAAGAAGCCCAACAAAUGGCUCAUGAAGCCACACAAAUGGCUCACGAAGCAGCACAACAAGCACAUCAGUUUGCUUCACAGAUGGCUUCAGAGCAUGUUGCCAAUGUGAUGCGUGGGAUCUGGACAGCUUGGACUGGCCACCAAGCACCCGGUAUUAAGACCACAACUUCUUCCUCAUCAUCAUCGUCCUCCUCUUCUUCCUCUUCAUGCUGUGAUGGGGAUUCUCAGAAGCAGAGUCAGCCCAAGGGACCAGGAAGCGAUCAGCAGGAGAAGGUCACCGGCAAGGAAUCAGACAGGACCGCAGGAGACGAGUUCUUAAAAAGUGUUGGCGAGACUGUGGCAACUAUGCUAGAUCCAAUGGGCAUUGAUGUUGAAGUGUCUGUUGAGCACAAUGGAAUUCGCCAGCGUUGCAGUUUGAGCAAGGAUGACGUACAGAACUGUCAGAGUCCAACAGCUUCUACACCUCCUUCCCAAGAACCAUCUUCCCCUGCACAGUCCCUAGCAUCUGGAGCAAGUGCUAAUAUGGAAGUACAAACUGAGGAUCUCCCAAAGUGUCAGGAAGCACCUGCAGCUGUUAUACCUGAAAUAAUGGAAGUGUGCAGUCCUGCAGAACCCAACAACCAAAAUUCCGGAGGCCAGAUGGAAGCUGAGCAGGCAUCAUCAGACACGGAAGACUGGACACUGGUCAACAAUGCCAACCCAGAGUCACAGGCCAGUGGUAGACCAGCAGCACCUCCCGCUGAACAACCAGUUCAUCCAAAUCCUGCCAUCCAGCAUUCACUGGAGCAGAUGCAGUCAAUGGGCUAUAACAAUGAGGGUGGCUGGCUCACUAACCUUCUAGAAAUAAAACAAGGGGAUAUCAACCAAGUACUUGACCUCCUCCAGCCACUCAAUAAGUAAACCUACACUGUCAGACUCACCAUCUAAAAGGAAGCUAGUGCAGUACGGUGAAGACUUGUCUAGAUAUCAGGACCUCCUUUCAUCGUAAUUAUAUACUUAAAGAUGUAAACCGAGUGUUUUCUUAGAUAGUCAUUAUAAGGUUGUUCUGUUUGAUUUUUUUCUGUCUUCUCCCUGAGGUAUAGCAGGAGAACAAUACAGUAUAUUGUAUGUAACUUUAUUGUGUGGAUAUGGUCAUUUAUUUUGACAGUAAUAGGUGUUUAUGCUCUUAUAUGAUUCAUUGUCAAUCCCUGAGUAUGGGAAAAAAAAUAGUGACCUGAGAAAGCUAUUGGUUUGUUUCAAAAUUCACCUGGUUUAUGCACUGCUCUUCUGAAUGAAUUGAUGUUUUUGGUUGAUUUGAUUGUGGUUCUAAAAAGCCAGGAUGUCAGAUUUACUUCAGAGUCAAGGGUCUAGUGUAGGUCCCUCAUAAUGUCUUAGUACAGUACCAGGACUGUCACAAGGAGGAGGGAUAUUUUGUCAUGAAGGUAUGAGUCAUGAUUGGUAUGGAAAUUAAAUAUACACUAUAAGGGAGAUGAAUUUCCUUAUUUAUGAAACAAGAAUGUAUAAUAUUCCAUAUUCACUAAUAGAAGCUGACAUUGGGAUUCAGAUGGUGAAGUAGUGUUGCGUAGUUCAUAAUUAGACGGUAUAUUGUACGUGGUUUUCAGGUAGAGGGAAUUAUAUAUUUUUGCUUUACCAUAUUUAUGAUUAACCAUUGAUGUACUGUACUGUACUGUAAUUGUGUACCAAAAUAUCAAGUUAGUAUUAGUUUACAAAUACUGUAGGUAAUACAUGUUAUUCCAUUGUAUAUUUUGUGACAGGAAACAUGAUACAGUAUUCCUGUUUGGACAGUCAAGUGAAGGUGCAACAUAAAAUAUUAUAUUUUCUUACCUUAGCAAUUUGAGAAUGAAUGAACAGAUUUCUUUUUUACUGUAAAGCCAAAAAUAAUUUUACAGAUUUUAUCCUUUUAUCAAUUAUCAAGGUAUUUAUGUUAUCAGUAUACGCACAUGCAUACAGUACUAACCUUUAUACCUAUACACACAUAACUGCUUUCUUAUGUAUACUCUACAUGAAAUAUAAAGUUUAUACAUGAUUGCUUACUUGUAAACAAUGUAUAUUCUGACAUCAUUGAAGGCCAGAUAUGUCAAUUAUUCCUUGGUUGGUAUCUGGUACUUAAUUCUUAUAGUUUUGCAAAAUAUGAGAAGAUGUAUGUGUUUGGUUAAUGGGAUGGUACAUGAGAGUGAAAAUGAUUGGAGUUUCAAAUUAUUUUCUUUAACAUUAUUUUAUACUGUACUUAGAUUAAGGUUGAUAAUAUAUCUUUUGAGGAAUCCUUUUACCCAAAUAAUAUUACACCUAAGUCAUGGUUAAUAACACAACAUCUUGAAGUUGCCUCACAUGUGACGGAACAGCACAGUAGUAGUAUUCCUUUCAUGACACGAUGUUAGUUAAGUUUAUGGUGCAGUACGUUUGUUUUUUGAUGAGGCUUAAUGUUUGCUAUGUAUUAUUCUAAGUAGUCUGGUAAUGAGUUUUUUUCAUUAUACUGAAUUAAGGUUAUAGUUGUGUUCAUGAGAACUCUGUGUACAGUAGGUGAGUACAGAGUAUUAAUAUACAUGUCUUAUACACGACAUAAUAAAUUAUUUGUGGGAAAGGAAUCUUAUUUAGUGGUGAUACAGUGCACUGCAUUUGUGUAAUGAACAAUAUCUAUCGACACUAGAUUAUAUAAUGCUGUAUACUGGGAAUGGAGUAUUUAUAUUAUUAAAAUGUAACUAAAAAAAUCCAAUAAAUGUGAUAUGAAAAA